AUGAAAAUAUAGGAUAAAUAUAGAGAUGAAUUUUUAAGAGAAAAGAGCCUUAAUUAAAUUCCUAAGUAUAGGUUUAAGCAUGGAUAGUAGGUUUAUUAGACAGCUUGUAUUGAGUGCUUAGAAAGAUUGCAUAAAUUAAACACUGAAAGAUUAAAUUAUAUGCUGUAGAAAUAGAAUGUAUGUGCAUUUAUUUUAGUACUUGGGUUGAGCAAAUAUUUUAAGUACAAAGAUUUCUUUGAAUUUCUUAGCUAUGUGUAUGAUGAUGGCAAAUAAAAUAAUAUAGAAGAUGAAAAGAACUUAGAGCUGAUAAUAAAAUUUUUUGUUUAAGGUUAUGGGAAUUUAAUAAUUUAGCGGUAGACUCAUUUAAAUGUUGAAUAGCUCCAAGAAAGCGACGAGAAUAUCCUUCUAGAUUAUUAUGAGUAAGUUAAAAAUGAAGAAAAUCCAAUCGGAAGAAUGUAAGAAUUAGUAAGCAAGCACAUAAAAGAAAAUAUUAUUUUGGGAUUCAGUGACGACGAAAUAUUAGACCUUUCAUUUUUAGGUCUUUUUCGCUUAUCAUAAGAGGGUGCAAUUUCUUACAACAAUAAAAAAAAGAGAAAGGCAAGAUUGUUUCAGUUAAGUUUGCCUUUUGUGCUAUUUUAUAUCCAUGAACAGAGGAUAUUUGACUUGAAUGAAACCUAUUCCAAUUUAAUCAAGUACAAAAAACAAUUGUUAAUGCUAAAGUAAAGAGAGAAUAAAAAUUUUACCUAAAGUUUUUUAAAUGAUGGAUUCAAUGAUGAAGAAUCAGAUUCUAAUCUUGAUGAAAUGUUCAUUCAUAAUGAAAAAAUGGUUUUACAAAUAAAAUAAAAAAUGGAUAAAAGUCCUCUCUUCAGGGAUUUAGAAGCAAAGACUAGCAAAAAUCUGAAAAAUUAAUCAAAUUCAAAUAAGGGGAAAAAAAAAAUUUCACAAAGCACAGUCACAUCUUCCAAUCAAUAGGGUAAUGGAAAUUAUUUGAUAUGCUCAAAUACUGGUAAAGCUCCAGCAUUUAUUAAUGCACUUCAUCAAGAUAUAAAAAUAAGAGAACCUAACUUAGCAGCUGGUAUUUUACCAGUCUCAUAAAAAGAUCCAGCUGAAAAUAAAGCUAUUUAGAGUCUUGUUCACGUUAAUGAUACUGAAAAUAAAGUUAAACUUAGUGAUUUAGUUACAAAUAUUAUGAGAGAACCUUAUAACUACGAAGAGGAUAAUAAUUUAGUUUAAGAAAAUGAUAAUCCAAAAGGACUACUUUUAGAAAUAGUUAUGAAGUAAUUUAAAACACAUUCGUGCUUGCAAUAUAAGAGCACUCUAAUUAAUUCUAAAGAAUUCGAAUGUGUCCUUUUAUUUUAAGAUAAUUCAAUUUACACAAGAGGCAGAGCUAAUAACAAAAAAGGAUGUGAGAAAAUAGCAUCAGCCAAAAUGAUACCUCUUAUUGAGGAUUAUAUUAAAUUCAAAGAGUUGUAAAAUAGUAAGCCCAAAAAAGUGAUAUUAUUUUCAACCAACACAAACUAGACUAUCAAAAAGACUGACAAAAUUAAUAACGAAUUAAAAAACUAGCAUCCAUAAUUAUAAAAAAUAAUAGAAAAUAAUCUAUACCAUCCAAAUCUUUCUUUAAGUAAGUCAUCUUCUUCCUCUUCUUCAUCAAACAACAACUAGGAUUCAAGAAGAUACAACUAAAGAGAAAUUAAAUAAAGAAAUUACUACCCUCAAAAUAAUAGCAACAGCUACACCAACAACAACAAUAACUAUUACCAAUAAGAGAGCCUGCCUGUAAAUAAUUUUAGAAAUGUUGCUAUGCAACAAUAUUUAACAAAUCCUUAUCAGUUCAACGUGAAUAUUAACGUAUCUUUUUAAUAAUAAAUGUAAAAUAAAUUAAAUGGUAAUUAACCUAAUUAUGAUAUUUUUUAACAACCUAAACAAGAAUAACAAAAUUAAAAUAUAUAAAAAAAUUAUUAAUUUAACUAAAAUUAAAUUUGA